CCGCCUCCAUGCACAUUCAGGGCGGGGCCAGGAGAACUCAUGGUCCAAUCAGAGUGCAGGGCUUGUAUUAUAGGAUGAACCGCCUCUUCUUCAUUCAUUCGAACGUUCGUACCGCGGCGCGAGCGGAGAAUAGAGGAGUAGCUUAGCAACAAGUGCGGAGAACGCGGUCCGGUCCACGCGCGCGCUCUGGACUCACCUACACCUGCAUUUCAGAGAUGAUGCCAGCUCCAUUCGCCCCGGCCCCGCCCCUCAGCCGCUCUCAGAUUGUACUUAAAUCUUGGCUCUCACGCCUUCAUCUCUCCAACACUUAACUGCCACACACAGCUCAUCGUGCCCUUCUGGAUUCCUGCCAGGGCGUAGCGCUGAACUACCAAACGACAGAGCGUGCACAUCACCCAUCCCCAACUUCACCAUGAUCGCAUUAAACACAUGGCAAUCCAGCACCGCCUCCCGUGACUGAACUAAUGGAUUAAAAAAGGGUGGAAGUCUCUGGAGGAAUGCUUUCGAGGUCAUUUCAAUGCUACUCUGGAAUCUCAUGGAUAAAUGAUGACUGUCCUUGAACUGUAGCAUGGUGGAAACCAUGACUUUCCCUGGGGCUCUUCGCAUGUCCAGGAACCAUUUCUUUGCCUCACCGUGUUCCCUUUUGUCGGGAUUGCAUUUAGCCAUGCUGUUUUUCAGCACUGUGACACUGGCGUGUCCCAAGAGCUGCCUGUGCACGGAGAGGAACGGUCUGGUGGUGGUUCAGUGUGCUUCCCGAAACCUGGAGGACAUCCCGACUGAUCUGCCCCACGACACCGUGUCCUUGCUGCUCUCCUCCAACCACAUCACCAAAAUCCCCAGCCAGGCUUUUAAAGAACUGCCUCGCCUGCAGGAACUGGACCUGUCGCGGAACGCCAUUGAGACAUUGGACGCGGGGGCCUUUCAAGGCAUUUCGGAGAGUCUCCGCGUCCUUGAUCUGUCUCACAACCGCCUCCGUGAGUUGCCCAAGGAAGCCUUCGCCCGGCUCCACGCCAAGAUCGGCCUGGCCAACAACCCGUGGCACUGCGAGUGCACGCUGCAGGAGGUUCUCCGGGAGCUCCGGCUCGACCCGGAGACCGUCAACGAGGUCAGCUGCCACACGUCCGUCCAGGAGGAGUACUCGGGAAAGCCUGUCAUCCAGGUGCUGGACUCCGGGAUCAACUUCUGCAACUUCCACCACAAAACCACCGAUGUGGCCAUGUUUGUCACCAUGUUUGGCUGGUUUACCAUGGUUAUAGCUUACGUUAUCUACUACGUGCGGCACAACCAGGAGGAUGCCCGUCGGCAUCUGGAGUACCUCAAGUCCCUGCCAAGCAGCUCCCAAAUUAGCAAAGACUUUGACACAAUCAGCACGGUUCUGUAGCACCUGUAGGACGUAGCCACUGGCCAUGAAUGUAUUUGACUAAUGGGGCACAUUUAUGAAGUUUAUGACGGCACAACAGCAAGCCUUAAAGCUCAUCACUUGGGGAGGGGGCACUCCUUCCUGAAGAAAUACACAAUGCUGUAUCUUUACUGGUUUUCAGAAUGUAGGAUGUAGGAUUUCCCAAUGGGGCAGCAGGCAUUUUUGGAGAAAGUAUAAGUUUGUGUGCAUUUUUAAAUAAUUUUCAUUUAUUUCCACUUAUACAAUUUCUAAACAUAUUUACCCUCCUCAUUUUACAUCCAGCAGAUGCUGCUGUACCGUAGUGGUUUUAUGGCAGCGUUUGCUGCAUCUGAGAUAUUAAAGCUCCACAGAGGUAAAUCCAUCCUUCUUGUGUUUCCCAGCAGGUGCUUAAUUCCCCUCAUUUCCUGCAUUCAUUCGUCUGAUUCUGUGCUAAUGUAGUGCUGAUACAGAGGACGGGAGAGAACUGGGGAUUGAUAGGCCUGUUUAUUUGCCUUGUCUGUAACACAGCGCAGCAUAAAAGACUCAGGAGGAGCUACUGUAGCCGUGAGGGGAACCAUCACUGCCAAAUACUGUUCAUUUCUACUCUGCCUUGUUCUUUCAUUUUAAGCUGACUUAUAAUUGCCCAAGUGCCUACAUGAUGGUACUACGAUACCUAAACACUGUGCUUUGGGCUUGGCUCUUCUCAGUCCCUCGCAGUCCCUCUGCCAUUGUCAAGAGACCUUUAAUACUCAAUGUGUACUGUACGUUCUCAGUAUGGUGUGUGUGUAUGUGGGUGUAUGUGUGUCUGUGUGGCUCAACCAGGCAUAAAACUCAAUCCUUGUCCUUGUGUUUGAUUGAUCGUGUCACAGUGUUACUGCGUUUGAACGUCCCAACAUGACUUGGCUAUAGCUCAGCUAGAAAGAACCCUAAUGUGUCAUUUCACUGUCUGCAAACAAAGCAUCUACCAUAUGUUCUAUGACCUUAAAGGGCUCCUCUGGUAAUGUGUUUCUUUAGUAAGUGUAGCUUCCUAUUUCCCAAGAGCAGCAUUUGUUUGCUCUUCACAGCGGCUGGGCGGCCGGGUUGUCUUCUGAAUUAUGUAUAUCAUAUCAGCGUUAGGAUAUAAAGGUUAGCAAAGGACACGUUGCCUGUUUUUGGACCCAUUAGGCCCUUAAGGCUUCCUGACACGCAAACAAACAUCACUAUGCCAGACAGUGCAUGUGUGAUUCACCUGCUUUCAGAUGUUUUUCUUCCUUUCAGAUGGAUUUUAGCAUUUUAGCAUCAUGUGUAGAACUGUUCAAAAUGUAACAUAAAGCAAAAAAUAAAAUGAAAAAAAGAAUGUGCAGAGCAAGCAAAACCAGUACGUGCAAACCAGUACAAUGGUUCUUGACUGAAUAUGCAUUUAUUUUAUUCCAGCCAGUCACACUUAGAAAAUGCCACUUUUUAAGGCUUUUUGUUGGAUUGAAUAUGCAUUUAAAGCUACUGCAUUUCUAAAAAAAGAAAAAAAGAAAAAUCAUCUUUCUAGUUUCUAUUUUUCUCUAUUAUUCAUCUCAGUUUUACAUAUUUUUGAAUGGAGUUUGAUACUAAUACACUUGUCAAUACAAAUUCCUGCAAUAAUAGUUUUCAAUAUGAAAAUGCCCGUCAGAUCCAUCAUAACUUAUUUACCAUUGGUUUUCUUAUUUUCUACAACCCUCCUUGUGCAAUGCUCAGAGCUGAACUGAUCAUCCAUCUCUUCUGAGAUCAGGUUUUGUAACAGCAGCUGAGGACGUUGGCUCAGCGAUAAAUAAUGGAUUUUUAAUCUGGGAAGAGUAUUGCUGUAUACCUUGCAGAAACGUUUUCGCAGUCCUCGCUGGGAUUUGUGCAGAGCUUUGUUCCACUGAGAAUGUGUCACGAUUGCCUUCCUGUCUCUCUGGCUUGUGCUCUGGCCAUUUUGGAGCUCUGAGGCUCUGUGCAGCUCUGUGGAGAUCGAUUGCAGAUUCAUUACAGCGAUAAGUUUCGAUUGCUGCUUCAAACUUUCGAGUUCUGUUGUCUUUGCAAUGAAUGUCCUAUUUGAUGUCAUGGAGCCGUAUCGAAUCCUGGCGUGUCUGCGGGAUGUUUAAGGUUGCUUCGGGUUUUUUUUUAUUUUUUGUAUAAAAAGCUCUGAUCAUUUAGUUUAAAGCAGUGGUUCCAACCUUCACCCUGGAGGACCCCUGGUCUGCUUUAGCUCAUUAUCAAGCUCCUCCUCAGUUGGAGGUAUGCUGCCUUUAGGUCAAGCAUAUCUCAAAGGUUUGUACUUACAACUGUGGUUCUCAAAAGUAUGGCGUGAUUAUCUGAAAAAAAAAAAAAAAAGGUUUUCGUUGGAAUCAACACGAAUGACCAGGAAAAAUGAACAGAGUAUGAGGAUUAGCCUGCUUUCACACUAGCAGGCGACCAAGUGACAGGUGACCAUUCAUUUCCUGUGAGAGAUGCUACAGUACAGGCCAAAAAUUUGGACACACCUUCUCUUUUUUAAUGCAUUUUUUUUAUUUAUUUUCAUGACUAUUUAUAUUGUAGAUUCUCACUGAAGGCAUUAAAACUAUGAAUGAACACAUGUGGAGUUUUAUGUACCUAACAAAAAAAGUAAAAUGUAUAUUCUAGUUUCUUCAAAAUAGCCACCCUUUGCUCUGAUUACUGCUUUGCACACUCUUGGCAUCAUUCUCUCAAUGAGCUUCAUUAAGAGGUGGUCACCUGAAGUGUUUUUCCAACAGUCUUGAAGUAAGGAGUUCCCAGAGGUGUUUAUUAGCACUUGUUGCCCCUUUGCCUUCUCCACUCUGUGGCCCAGCUCACCCCAAACCAUCUGGAUUGGGUUCAGCUGUAAAAAGUCGUGAAAAUAAAGAAAACGUAUUGAAUGAGAAGGUGUGUCCAAACUUUUGGCCUGUACUGUAUGUAAAGACCAAUGACAAGUGGCAACCUGAGUUGAGAUUACGUAACGUUUUGCGAAUUAAAGAAUUAUAACGCAGUAAAGCAACACUUUAAACAAAUUGGACAAACAAAUUCUUGGUGGUCUGAGGUCCUGAGGACUCUGCUCUUAAAUGUUUUUGUUGUUUCAUACAUACAGAAGAAACUCAAAACAGCUGUUUCUUCUUUACAUGUUCUUUUCACGACAGUGCACAUUUGCACAACCCAGCAAACAGAGAAGGUAUCUAAAUAUUUUGCAUCAUUUUGAAAAGGUUCCAGAAUGGUUUGCCAGUAACAUUACAGAAAUGUUCUAAUAUCGUUAACUGUAACAUUCAGAAAAUGUUCUACUAACCCAAAAACACUGGAAUACAGUGACAAUUUUGAGAAAAUUGAAGCCAGUUUUCUAAUCAUCCAUGCUGAUCAACGUCCACCACACCCACAAAACAACAAAACUUGGGCAGAUGAUGUGUGCUUGUUUGGUUACGCUGAUAUUUCCAACAUCACUUGAAAGCAGCAGUAAUCUGUUAGGAAUCAGAAACCACUAAAAUGUGCCAGGCCAAGAGUUCCCCCCGGACCAGGUUUGGAAACCACUGCUCUAAACCAUGAAUUAAACAACACUAAUGUUCAUUUUCAUUGUUUUCAUUGGCCAAGCAGAGUCUUAGAGUCUGAGAGAUUUAUUUCAGUCAUGCAUUCUGGGAGAACUGAGCUAAUCAAUAAUUUAGCAGUGAUUUACUCUCAAUGUAAUUAAUCAUAGCCAUUCUGUCUCUUUGUCAGAUUUUUUCUACUCUAAUAUGCUGGGUAGCAACCAAAAUUGUACAAAUCUGUAUAAAAUUUUAUAUGUUUCAUUUGUGCUUUGUUGUAUGUGCCAGGCCUGUUAUGUGCAUUACCACUGUGUUUGUUUUGUUGAUUAUUUUAAAUUAAAUUAGAUCCCCCAAAUUUGAAGGCAGGCAACUAUAAAUAAUAAAGUAACUGAUUAUGUAGUGUUUUCUUUUUUUAGUUUUGUCAAAAGGUCUCCUAACUUAAUCUCAGUUUGGUCAACAAUACAGCUGCACCUGAAACAAUAGCUUAAAUAUUGCCUAAAGAUGUUAAGUCUGUCUGUAAGAUUUAUUCCCAUCUGCAGGAGAGAACAUUAAUCACACCCUGAUUGGGAAAUCGCUGGUUCGAAUCCCAGUCAUGCAGCUUGCCAUCAGCUGCCUGAGCCCUGAGAAAGCACAAUUGGCCUUGCUUUCUCUGGGUGGGUAGAUGGCACUCUUUCCCCUCAUCACGCCUAGGGUGAUGUUGGUCAGCACAUGGCCUCUGUGAGCUGAUGUAUCCGAACCGAGUCGCUGCUACUCGGUAAUGCUGCAUCGGCAGCAGUUCGAAAAGAGGUGGUGAUUGGUUCACAUGUGUUGGAGGAGGUGUGUGCUAGUCUUCACUGAGUAGCAGCUUAGUUUUGAGCAGCAGUUAGACUGUAGGGCCACUAUAGAGAGAAUUACAGUACUUUUCUAAUUUACACAGACUGGGACACAGACUGAAAAUCACACAAAAAAAAUAAUUUAAUCACUUUCAACUGCGGCUAACUGAGGCUUAACUAAUUUACUGUUGACCAGACUGAAAUCCAGUACUUACAAAAUGUGAUUUUGACUUAACUAAGUUCAUACGAGUUACUUUAUUAUUUUAAGUUGCCCUGACUUAACUUGUUUUUUUACAUGUGCUGUAUGUUUGUUUGUUUUUUCAGUUUUUGUCAAUCGUUUUCUAUUACAGUUUGCUGUUUCU